GCGCCCCGCCCCGCCUGGCUCUAAAGCACCCGGCAAGCGCCUCCCGCCGCCGCACUUUCACUCUCCAUCAGCCACAGCGCCCGCUCCGCGUCCGGCCCGCGUCUCGCGCUCCUCUGUCCGCCCGCCAGCGCCAUGAAUGCCAAGGUCUUGGUCGUACUGGCCCUCGUGCUGACCGCGCUCUGCCUCAGCGACGGGAAGCCCGUCAGCCUGAGCUACAGAUGCCCAUGCCGAUUCUUUGAAAGCCAUGUUGCCAGAGCCAAUGUCAAGCAUCUCAAAAUUCUCAACACUCCAAACUGUGCCCUUCAGAUUGUGGCACGGCUGAAGAACAACAACAGACAAGUGUGCAUUGACCCGAAGCUAAAGUGGAUUCAGGAGUACCUGGAGAAAGCUUUAAACAAGGGGCGCAGAGAAGAAAAAGUGGGGAAAAAAGAAAAGAUAGGAAAAAAGAAGCGACAGAAGAAGAGAAAGGCUGCCCAGAAAAGGAAAAACUAGUUAUCUGCCACCUCGAGAUGGACUGCAAUGCACUUGCUCUCGGCGCUUUGUAAAUUUGCUCGAUCCUCCUCCAGGACAGACCCCCAUGCAGACUGGGCAGGGGCUCAGACCUCCGUGGGGGAGCAGCACUCUGCCACCCCGCCAGCCAUAUCGGCUCCUGUAUUUAUGUGCUUUUUAAGGCCCUUAUUGGUCUGCUAAGUUAUGAAGAAAGUAGUUGUGCAGACACUGGGGAUGGGGGUCUGUGAUGCAGAGCCUGUGUGCUGAGGACACUCCAGAAUAGCCUGGGAUCUCCAGGAAUGCUCAGGUUGCUGAGCCCCCCGCCCACCCUCCACUCCCUCUCUUAGAAGGCCUGCGCUCGCUGGGGAGCUCACCAGCUCCACACACUUGCAGUCUGCAUUCCUGUGAAGACCAGGCUGUGGCCACCUGGCCAGCAUUCAGGGCAGUCUGCUAGCCCAGCAGACUGGCCAGGAAGUGGGUGUACCACCCUUCUAUGGCCUUUGGCGCAGGUGGAAACUGACUUGCCCUUAGGGCCAGGCCCUAGCUUUUUCCAAAUGCCCAUUGCCUUACCCUCCACCACUCUGCCACCUGGGAAGGGGCUUCUUCAGCCACUCCUUCCUGGGUUGUGGGAGUGGCUUUACCCCCAAGCCUGAGUGGGUUUCUACAGACUGGGUGGGGUGAGCCAGACGGAAUGCUGCAUUCUCAGAGAGCAGAUGUGGAAACACUUCUCAGGGAGCUCCUCUUUGGGCAAUUAUCUUUAGAGUCUUUAAACGGGUCCCCCACGUGGAGGACAGAUGUGCUAUAGAACUUUGCAAGAGGCCUGAAUCCCUGGGGAUUCCAGCCUGUCCCCUCCUGCCUCCUGCAUGAUGGCAUGUGCUCCGGCUGCAGGGCACAGCUGCCUCAGUCCUCAUUCAUGGGAAAUACCACUUAAGCUCUAGAACUUUCCUGCACCCUCCUCCCCUGCCCCUGUAGAAGUAUGUGUGAGAUUUUUUUGCCAAGUUUGUCUAAUCUGGACUGGGAGGAUGGAAGAGCAAGGCCCCAAUUUCAGUAGUGCUCUGAAAAAAGAUGCCGUGAAUUUCUCAGCUCUCCUCCACCUCAGAUAAACACCUGCCCACCCUGCGCCCCCAUCCUGGGUCAUAAUUUUGAUAAAUGCAGAAAGAGGAAGUGGUUGGAUGAUCAGGCAAAUGGAAUUCAGGAGAAAACCCACCAGGACCCUGCAUGUCAGACACCCCCCAUCCAGGAGCGCUGUGUCCCCUUGAGCUUUAAUGAGCUCCCUGUGACCACAGCCAUGCCUUCUCCUCCUUGGCAAGGCAUCCUAGGAUGCUGCAGCCAAAGACCUUUGUUUCCCGCUGCUAUCCCUUUUUUCUGGACAACUCUCCUGGCCCACGUUCUUCUCGUCAGCACUGGGGGUCCCAGGCCUGAGCCCUGGGUACAGGGGUACCCUAGUCUCCCUGCCCUCCUCACUUCUUAAGGCACAGGGCUCUCAGAUGGGCUUCCUGGGGCUGCUGCCCUUCCCGUGGAAGCUAUCAGUCACUCUUGUCCAUGGGACUCUGACAGAAACGCCCUGAGAGGGCCAAUCUGUGGCCCCAUGCUCACCUGCUUUCUUCAGUCUCCACAUGCAGCAGGGCUCUGUGCCUGGGGAGGGGUGGCCCUCUGUCCUAGUCAGCAUGAAGAGCUGUUGGCCCUCUAGGAACAGAGGGCCCAGCUAAGGCUGCCUAAGGAUACAAACUGCUUGCUGCAGUGACAAGCAAUCCUGCCACCCAUCCCACUCCUGGGGAGCAGGGUCUGCCGGGACUGAGAGCGGGCAUUCUUGAGAACGUAUGCAAGGUCCAUCCUGUCUUGAUGUCUUGAUGUGACUGCAUGGGCCCCUGGGGCCUCACUGUGGCUUACAAGUGGCUUAUGAAGCUCCUGGGAGCAGGUGGUACGCCCACUGCUGAAGACAGGGUCGCCAUGGAAGAGCGAAGAGCCCGACGGGGAUACCUGGUGGGUUGAAAGUAGGAAGUGCUUAUGCCUGUCAGCACCAAAUGAGAGGUGCACCAUGGUCACUGCUCGGUCCAGCAUGCGUUCCUCCUGGGAGGUCCUGGCAGCCCAUGCACCCACCCCUGUGCCUCCUCUAGCAGCCCCACCUGGGGCCACCUGCAGUGGCAUGGCACCUGGCUGAGAGACCUGGAGGGCGAGGGGUUGCUGGAAGCCAUGGAAGUGCCUCUUGGGAGGGCUGAGGCCAAGAUGCAGGGCAGCAGCAUCCUGAGCCUCAGCCCCACGCCACUGCCAAGUAAGCAGUGUGCCCUGUCCCCGUCGUGUGACUGUUCUGACGGGCCUUUCUGUGCCUUCGUGUGUCUGCCACGCCCAGUGCUUGCUUCGUGUCAGUUCUCUGCUUCCUGCUUUCCAUCGGUCCCUCUGCUUCAGCCUGGUUGCGUCUCGCACUCCCCUCCCCUCUGCUGUCCCAGGGUCUCUGAAGGGAGAUGCAUGGCCAAGAAGGCGACUUGGAAGUACGGAGCGGCCCCAGGGUCUCUGCGCAGGCAGCCACCCUGCUGGAGCCGGCUGGGUGUGGGGGGAACCUGCCUUAAUGGUGUUUCCCUCUGUUCUUGUCAACAGGAGGUUCAAGAUGUGAGAGGGUCAGACGCCUGAGGAACCCUUACAGUAGGAGCCCAGCUCUGAAACCAGUGUUAGGGAAGGGCCCGCCACAGCCUCCCCUGCCAGGGCAGGGCCCCAGGCAUUGCCAAGGGCUUUGUUUUGCACACUUUGCCAUAUUUUCACCAUUUGGUUAUGUAGCAAAAUAUAUGACAUUUAUUUUUCAUUUAGUUUGAUUAUCCAAUAUCACUGGUGACACAUAGGAGCUUAGCCUAAGGCCAUUAUUGUACUUGCCUUAAUAGAGUGUCUUUCCAUGGAGCGGCUCCUCUGACUCAGGGCUACUGGGUUUUGUACUCUGAGCUGUGCAGGCCAGGAGCCUGGGUUGAGAGAGCCUUGCCCGCAUGGUCAGCCCUAGGGUAGAGAGCCACCAGGAGGGAUGCCUGGGGGUGCCAGGACCAGUUAGCCUGGGCAAAGCCUGUUCUCUGUGGGAUGGGAUGGUGGAGGGCCAUACAUGAGGUUCACCCUCUUCUCCAUCCACAUGGGAGCCAGGUCUGCUUCUUCUGGGAGGGUGACAGGGCUCCCCUGAGCUGAGGCAACAGUGUGAGGCUAGGGCAGAGUGAGACCCAGCCCUCAUCCUGAGCACCUCCACAUCCGCCAUGUUCCACUCAUCAUUCUGUGUCUCAUCCAUCAUCAUGUAUGUCCAAGACUGUCUCCAUGGCCCCGCAAAAGGACUCUCAGGACCAAAGCUUUCAUGUAAACUGUGCACCAAGCAGGAAAUGAAAAUGUCUUGUGUUACCUGAAAACACUGUGCACAUGUGUGUCUUGUUUGGAAUAUUGUCCAUUGUCCAAUCCUGUGUUUUUGUUCAAAGCCAGCAUCCUCCGUGAACAAUGUCUUGGUGCAUGAACUGUUCCCCCUAUGCAGCUGUUGAGCAAGGUGAUGCCCCUUGGUCCCUUUGAGUGUGGUCCUGAUCGGAGCCAUGGUCCUUUGGGGUGAACUGCCUUGGUUCCCCCACAGAUGACAAAGCCAUAGUGGGUCCAUGGGCAGAGCCCAAGGGAAUUCAGUGUGCGCCAGAGUUGACCCCAGAGGAUGGCUGCCCCUCAGUGCUCCCUCACUUGUCAGUACCUUCAAACUGGGGCCAAGCCCAGCACUGCUUGAGGAAAACAAGCAUUUGCAACUUGUUUUUUGGUUUUUAAAACCCAUGAAGAUUUCCUCCCAAUUCACAUCUAACCUCAUCUUCUUCACCAUUUGGCAACACCGUCAUCUCCUGCCUUCCUCCCUGGGCCCUCUCUGCUGCUGCAUGUCACCUGUGCUUCCAGCCUUUCCCGCAGGACAUUCCUGUAAAAGAACCAUGUGCGAUGUGAAGAGUAAGUCAACCCCCCAGACUUCUGGAGUGCUCCCCUUCCACUGAGGGCAGUCAGUAGAGCUGCAGGAAACCACUUAAAAUGUUCGCUUUUGACAAAGGCAAGCACUUGAGGGUUUUUUGGUUACGUUUUUCAUUCAGUCUUACUAAUACUUUUCCACAGUUUAAAAAAACAGUUAAUGAAGAAAGUGGAAAACAAGGAAGUCAAAACAAGGAAACUGAUGUAACGUGUAGGAAGUAAUAUAGUGACGUGAUCUUGAAUUGUAAAUGCUUUUGAAUUUAAUCAUCUGUAGGGUAAUUAGUAACAUGUUAAGUAUUUUCAAAAAUAUUUCUAGUUGGAUCUUCAUGGCAGAAAGCAAACUCAUCCACCAAAAUUGUCCCUUAAACAAAAAUUAAAAUCCUCAAUCCAGCUAUGUUAUAUUGAAAAAAUAGAGCCUGAGGGAUCUUUACUAGUUAUAAAGAUACAGAACUCUUUCAAAACCUUUUGAAAUUAACCUGCCAUUAUAGCAGUAUAAUUGAGUUUUCAGUGGGGCAGUCAUUAUCUAGGUAAACCAAGAUAUUUAAAAAUCUGUCACAUAAGAACUUGUACGUACCUGCCCCCAUGAACCAAGACCAUUGAAUUUUUGGCCGAGGAAACAAACUUGACCCUAAAUCUUGACUACAGUCAGGGAAGGAAUCAUUUCUGUUUCUCCUCCAUGGGCGAAAAUAGAUAAGAGUAGAAACUGCAGGGAACAUUAUUUGCAUAACAAUUCCUCUACUAACAAUCAGCUCCUUGGUAGACACUUCCCAGCUAAAGCAAUACGCAUUUAAAUACACUCUUCCAUUUGCAAGGGAAAAGUCUCUUGUAAUUGAGUCUCUUUUUACUUUCAAAUUGCUGGUCAAGCGCAUCAGCUAAGGGUUGACUAGGGAUAGCUCAGCUGUCCCUCUGGGACCUGGUUCUGCCUCUACCUGACAUUCCCUUGGGCUCCCUGUAACCUCCAGGGAGGCCCUUGCUGCCAGCUCUGCGUCAGGACCCAGAGGAAGGGGCUGGGGCUCACAGACAGGCUGUAUGUUGGGAUCGAGUCUGUGCCAUGUGUUUGUGCUGUUGUGUGUCCCCCUCUGGCCGGGCACUGAGAUGCCAGCGAGGAAGCCCCGGAGAGCCCUCUGCUUGUUAUUUGAGAUUACCUGCUGAGAAAAAAGGUUCAGCUUUGAGCAGAGGGGCUAAAUAGCCAAGGUUGCAGCCCCCCACCCAACCCCCAGCCUUAGAUAUUCUGUUUUUCCCUUGGAUCUUAUCUGAUCCUUUCGUGGUGUGAUCUUCUGUCAUUAUCACCAUGGGCUCCCUGACUGGGAGUUGAUUGCCUUUCCCAAGUGCUACACCCUUUUCCAGCAGGAUGAGAAUUUGAGUGCUCUGAUCCUUCUACAGAGCUUCCCUGACCUGUUCUGAAGGAGCCCCAUUUCUGGGAAAUGCUCUCUAGAAACCUCCAAAUUCCCUAAGCAGACCACUGACAUGGCCAAGGUGACAAAACCAUGUUGAAAAUGUGUUAUUUUGCAACCUCGCUGGACUCUCGGUCUCUGAGCAAUAAAAGGUUCAGUGUUAAAUGUGAUGAAUACUGUAUUUUGUAUUGUUUCCAUUGCAUCUCCCAGAUAAUGUGAAAAUGGUCCAGGAGAAGGCCGAUUCCUAUAUGCAGUGUGCUUUAAAAAUAAAUAAAUAAGAAACAAUUCUUGGAGAAAUAACAAUUUCUACUUUGAAGACAUACCAAUGAAAAAAUGUAUAUGCACUUAUAAUUUUCCUAAUAAAGAUCUGUAUUCAAA